CUUUGCCACUCCUGUCCAAACUACUACAAAAGAAACCGGGAACAUUCACAAGCGCACUUGCUAAACACUUUCUGUUUCUUUCUUGUGUUGUUCAAUCCAACUUCACUUUCAUUCUCCAUUAGCUAUGGCUGAUACACUACUCAUUGAUCUCUUCAAGCAAUUGGGUUCAAUCGCUGUUCAGCUUGCUAAGCAAGAGAUCAACUUGCUAGUUGGCGUUGAUGAAGAAGUCCAAAAGCUUCAAGGCAAGCUCGGAAUGAUCAAGGCAAUGCUGGACGAUGCUGAGGAAAGACAUGCUGUGAAGCAGCGUACUGAGAAGCUUUGGUUAGAGCAGCUCCAAAACCAGUACUACGUGAUGGAUGACAUCUUGGACACCUGGGACACUGCAAGGAUCAGAGCAGAGAUUGAGAAAGAAGAAGGAAAACCAGCUGAUACUAACGCUCCUGCUGUUGUCAAGAAGAAGGUAUGCUCCUUCGUCCCAUCUCCAUCAUGUUGUUUUAACCUUCCUCUGCGUCAUGAUGUUGGUCACAUGAUAAGAAAACUGAAUGAAAAGUUAGAUAUGGUUUUCAAAGACAAAGCAACCUAUGGGAUAGACUUUAAUAGGCAACCUGAUGUAGUUGAGAGACCAACAACUACGUCCUUUGUGGAUGUGUCCCAAAUAUUUGGCCGUAAUAUUUAUAGGGAUGAUCCACUAAAAAACCUGUUAGGUGUGGGUAGUCAAGAAGAAACAAAUUCUUAUUGUGUCAUUUCCUUAGUGGGUUUGGGCGGUAUUGGAAAAACAACUCUUGCCCAAUUAGCCUACAAUCAUCCUGACGUGCAAGCCCAUUUUCAAAAAAGAAUGUGGAUUUGUGUUUCUGAUCCAUUCGAUCAGUGCAAUGUUGCCAAAGCAAUCAUUAAGGAGGUUGACCCUAGACAUGAACCCCUCAAUGAUACUAAAUUGCAAACUCUCUUGUGUAAAAUUCAAGAUUUGAUUAAGGACGAGAAGUAUUUUCUUGUCUUAGAUGAUGUGUGGACUGAAGACUUCCAAAAAUGGGAGCCUUUCAAAAUUGCUCUAAAAAAUGAUGUUCAUGGUAGUAGAAUUCUAGUAACCACACGUAAACAAAGAGCUGCAGAGGUGAUGGGGAGUGUCCUCACAAUAAAUUUGAAGGUAUUGUCUGAUGAAGAUUGCUGGUCGAUUUUUAGUAAAAUAGCAUUUUCUAAUGAGGAGCAACUAAAGUAUCUAGAAGAUCUUGGUAGAAAACUAGCAAUUAAGUGUAAAGGUUUACCAUUGGCUGCAAAGACUCUAGGUAGCCUAAUGCAAAACAAGAGAAGUAGAGAACAAUGGAAUAAGAUUUUGGAUAGUCAUAUGUGGGAAUUAGAAGAUAUUGAAAAAGGCCUUUUGGCACCAUUGUUAUUGAGUUAUUAUGAACUACCCUCAACAAUGAGACGUUGUUUCUCAUAUUGUGCUGUCUUUGCAAAAGAUUAUCGCUUUUCUAGAGAUCAAUUGGUCCUCCACUGGAUAGCUCAAGGAUAUGUCGAGUCAAAAGCAAAUAUGGAGUUGGAAGACAUAGCGGAAGAAUAUUUUGAAAAGUUAGCCAUGCGCUCUUUCUUCCAAGAUUUUCGGAAUGAUGAAGAUAAUGAUGGCAAGAUAAUAAGUUGCAAAAUGCAUGAUAUAGUGCAUGACUUUGCCCAAUUUAUGUCCAAAAAUGAAUCCUUCGUAAUUGAUAGUGAUAAGAAGUUGGAGAUAGAUUGUCAAAUUGCUCGUCAUUUACACUUAGAAAUUUCUAAAGAAAUGCAACACCUUGAAUCCAUCUAUCAUGCAAAAAGUCUACGUAGUCUCUUUCUUCUUUCGCAUGACAUGGAUUAUGAGUUUGAGAUGCUCCUAUCAAACUCAUUCCAUCAUUUUAAAUGUUUACGAACAUUAAUUUUGGAUUGUCCAAUUAAGAAACUUCCAGAUGCCGUGGAAAAUUUGAUACAUUUAAGGUGUCUUUUUAUUUGUGAGAAUGUUGAAAUAGAAGAAUUGCCUGAAACCUUUUGCAAUCUAUGUAAUUUACAAACUUUGAAAAUCGAGAAUCAUCGUUAUUUCAAGAAAUUACCACAAGGGAUGAGUAAACAAAUUAAUUUAAGACAUCUUAUAUUUAAAGAUUGUUUUGAUUGGAACGAUGUGGUAUUUCCAAAAGGGAUUGGGAAAUUAAUUGGUCUUAGAACAUUAAGUCAUUUCCACAUAGGUGAUAAGAAUGAUAGAGAAGGAUGUAAACUUGGAGAGUUAAAAAAUUUGAAUCAACUUCGAGGGACUCUUAAAAUAUAUGGGAUGGAAAAUGUGGUAAAUGUGGAUGAGGCUCAUAAUGCACAAUUGAAAGAUAAAAUACAUCUCCGUGGAUUGGUGCUAAUGUUUGAAGAACUAGCUUUCUACGAACGUGAAGAAAGAAUGGAGAAUGACGUAAAAGUAUUGACUGCCUUAGAGCUACCACGAAACUUGCAACGUUUAACAAUUUGGGGCUACCAGGGCAACACAAUUUAUCCUAAUUUGCCUACUUUGGGGCAGUUGCCAUUCCUUGAAGUAUUAGAUAUAAUGGGGCUUGAUAAAGUGAAGAAGGUGGGAGAUGAAUUUCUGGGAAUAGAAGAUUCCAAAAACAAGAAAGACUACGGCAUCAUAUUCCCAAACCUGAAAUCUCUCAGAUUUUCAUGGAUGAGCAACUGGGAAGAAUGGAUUGGGAUGGGAGGAACGGGAGAAGAAGAAGAAGAAAAUGAUAAUGGUAUUGUUACAAAUUCCAUAAUAAUAAAAAUAAUGCCACGUCUUCAGUCCUUGAAAAUUGAUCUCUGCAACAAGCUAAAGUCUCUGCCAAACUACUUGCUUACUGCUCCAUCAUUGAAGAAUUUGGAGAUUUCUCAUUCACCGCUUCUUCGAAAACGUUACCAAAGAGGGAACUGGCACAAGAUUUCUCAUAUCUCUAACAUCACGUUGGAUGGAUGGAAGUGGGUGCAAUGAAAAGGUGAACCCCAGUUUGAUUCAAAGAUUUUCAGUCUUUUCAACUAAAUCUAACAGAACUCAUAUGAGUUUCUUUGGACAAGCAUGUCGACGAAUUAUGACUCUGAAAUCAGUGAGGAGGAUGAUGUAUCAAAAUCAGUGAGGAGGAUGAUGUACCAGAAAUUAGUGAAGAAGAUGAUGUGGUUGAGGGAGAUCUUUGAAGCAGAUACUGGAUAAGAAGAGCAAGGGGUUGAAGUAGACUUGAAGACUCCAUUAACUAAUAACCAACUAAUGAUAAUAAUCAACACAAUGAAUUUGGACCACAAAUCAAUGACAAAGAUGAUGUUGGGGCUGGCUUGGCUGAGUGUGUGGUGGAUGAACAAGUGGAAGUGGACAAUGAUGAGGGUCCAGAGAUCUGUGAAGCAGACAGAUAAUAAGAGCAAGGUAUUGAAGUGGACAAGAUUUUUGAAGACCACAAAGGAGGAGCUGGUGGAUGACAGAAAUUGAGGACCUGGUUUUUUGAGUAAUCACCGUGAGAGAGAAGAGGACAUUAAAAGUCUCUUUUGUGGAUGUUUGAGGGUGGCUUUGGCGCUCUCUCUUUUGCUUCAUUUCUUCACUCUUUCCUGCGAAUCAAAACAAAUAAACCCUCCCUACUACCAUCUCCAUCGCCACACUCUUCAGGGAAGGUUUUGAUGGAGUAUGGGAGUGGGAUUUGCCCGUUACAAGCCAGCCUUGUAUUGAGCAGCAAGCAGACUGUUUGAACUUAGUCCAAAAAGGUUAAGAAAAGAUGUGUUGGCCAAGGAUGAAGCAAAAAGUCAGAAACCUCUUUGGCUAUAAAUGGAAUCCUUAAUUGACCAUCAUUCAUCAGUCCAGGGUGCUACAUGGGGAACAACCAUCUGGCAGCUAAGAACCUAGUAGUCAAUUAGAAUUCUCAUUAAUGGUCUUAUAUCUUUCCGGCACAUUUCUCUUCCAUUAAUAUGUGAGAAAUUAAAUUAGCUUCACCUAAAUCUUGUGGCUAAAUUAUAUUCAUGUAGGAUUUAUAGCAUUUUAUGCCAAUUUUGAUUAGGGCUUGUGCUUGAAGGAGCUGGUGGAGGAUUUGGAAAUAAGCUAUUGCAGGAUGUGAGUUUGUAUAUCUCAAAAAUCAAGGUAUGUGUUGUUUUGGUGCUAAAUGUGUUGUUUGUCAUGCCUGGCAAUUGUGAGCAAAUCACCUUUGAAAGUUAGUAGAGGAAGAACUUGAAGAGCAAUAUUUGUGUAGUAACUAAUUCAACUAUAAGGCUCGGCUUUGCAGUUGGCAUUAUGCAUACCUGUGAAAGAAGUGCUAGAGUGUUAAUAAUGUUCAAUCAGCCAGCAGUAUUUGAAUGCUUUUGUUCAUCAUCCCUUGGUGAUUCUCCUAACAGCUCUACAGGCUUUUAGCUAUAUGAUGACAUGUGAAAUUACAAUAUCAGUUGGUGCAUCUGGUGCACUUUUUGUACUAUUGGGAGCCAUGGUUUCUAAUGUUUUCACUAAUUGGACAAUCUAUGCAAAAAAGGUAGCAUUUUCAUUUUGCUCUUUAUUGCCUAGUAACAGUGACAGUCCGAGACUCAAAGCUAAGGUUUUGUCAGAUUUUCAGUAAAACAAAGUGCUUAUUUUCACAUAUGAGUGAACAAAGUGAACAUCCCAAAUCUCUUCAGCAAAAUAAUCUUAUCACUGUUUCUUUGUGGCUACCUGCAAUGAACUUUUGAGAUUUUCUAUAACACCUUGCUAGUACUCAAAUUCUAUAACACUUAAUGCCCUGCUAGUUUAUAAUAUCUUUAGCACUACGCAGGGAUGAUAAAUUUUUUACUAGAGAAGACGCGGGACUUGUAGGGAAGGUUUUGAUGGAGUACGCAAGUGGGAUUUUUCUGGGUUGGUGAUUUACCCAAUACAAGCCAGCCUACCAUUGAGAAGCAAGCAAACUGUUUGAACCUAGUCCAAAAAGGUUAAAAAAAAGAUGUGUUGGCCAAGGAUGAAGCAGAAAGUAAGAAACCCAAUUGGCUAUUAAUGGAUUCUGUAAAUGACCACCAUUGGUCAAUCUAGGGUGCUACAUGGGGCACAGCCAUCUGGCAGUUCAGAACCUAGUCAAUUUAUAUUCUCAUUAAUGGUCUUAUAUCUUUCCAACACUAUUAACAAGUCUUAAUCAAAUCAGCCAAUUUAUAAAGAGAAGUAAUAUUAUCUUCACCUAAAUCAAGAUUUAUAGCAUUGUAUGCUAAUUGUGAUAAAGACUUGUGCUUGAUUCCCUAGUCACCCUUUUACCUUGAAGGAGAUGGUCAAGAAUUUGGAAAUAAGUUACUCGAGGAUGUGAGUCUGUAUAUUUCAAAAAUCUAGAUAUGGAUUCUAGGGUGUAUUCUCUUGCUUCAGUGUUACAUGUGUUGUUUGUCAAGCCUAGGAAUUGUGAGUAGAUCACCUUUGAAAGUUAGUAGAGGAAGAACUUGAAGAGGAUCAUUUGUGUGGUAACUAAUUCAACUUUAAGGCCCGGCUUUGUAGUUGGCAUUAUGCAUACCUGUGAAAGAAGUGCUAGUGUUAAUAAUGUUCAAUCAGCCAGUGGUCUAUGAAUGCUUUUAUUCAUCAUCCCUUGGCGAUUCUCCUAACAGCUCUAGAGGCUUUUAGCUAUAUGACGACAUGUGAAAUUAAAAUAUUUAUUGGCGCAUCUGGUGCACUUUUUGUACUAUUGGGAGCCAUGGUUUCUAAGCUUUUCACUAAUUGGACAAUCUAUGCAAGUAAGGUCUUGACUCCUAUAUAUGUAGUGUGCAGCACUUGUAACUCUCAUGCUCAUUAUAACCAUAAAUUUGCCCCUCGGAUUUCUACCUCAUGUGGACAAUUCAGCUCAUAUUGAAGGAUUCCAGUCAGGAUUUCCCCUUGGCUUGGAUAUGUAAGCCACAAAUAUAUUCCUCCAAGAUAUGAAAUAAAGUAGAAAUCCAGGCACAAGUGUUAUCAAUACCUUUUAUAGCAUUACUGCUUUAGUCCUCUUAAUUCUUAGAAAUUGGCAGAUAUGCAUAUGGAUGUAUUCAUGGUCAGAAGCUGUAUAGUCGUAUAGUCUGUCUUUCUAGAGCAUCAAUCAGCUGAAUGAUUAUGGAAGGUUUUGAUGGAGUAUGGGAGCGGGAUUUGUCUGGAUUGGUGAUUUGCCCAUUACAAGCCAGCCUUCUAUUGAGUAGCAAGCAGACUGUUUGAACCUAUUCCAAAAAGGUUGAGAAAAGAUGUGAUGGCCAAGGAUGAAGCAGAAAAUCAAAAACCCCAUUGGCUAUUAAUGGAUUUAUAGCAUUGUAUGCUAAUUUUGAUGAGGACUUGUGCUUGAUUCCCAAGUCACCCUUUUACCUUGAAGGAGCUGGCGGAGAAUUUGGAAAUAACCUACUCCAUGAUGUGAGUCUGUAUAUCUCAAAAAUCAAGGUAUGGAUGAUAGGACGUAUUCUUUGGUGCUAAAUGUGUUGUUUGUCAUGCCUGGAAAUUGUGAGCAGAUCACCUUUGAAAGUUGGUAGAGGAAGAACUUGAAGAGGAGUAUUUGUGUAGUAACUAAUUAUAACUUUAAGGCUUGGUUUUGCAGUUGGCAUUAUUCAUACCUGUAAAAGAAAGCGCUAAAGUUUUAAUAAUGUUCAAUCAGCAAGUGGUAUACGAAUGCUUUGUUCAUCAUCCCUUGGUGAUUCUCCUAACAGCUCUAGAAGCAUCUAAUGCACUUUUGGCCUAUUGGGAGCCCAUGGUUUCUGAGCUUCUCACUAAUUGGACAAUUUAUGCAAAUAAGCACUUUUAACUCUUGUGCUCAUUAUAGCCAUAAAUUUGCCCCUUGGAUUUCUACCUCGUGUGGACAAUUCAGCUCAUAUUGAAGGAUUCCUGUCUGUAUUUCCCCUUCAUUCUUUUAAUCUAUCCUCAAUUUGGAUAUGUAACCCACAAAAAAUUCCUCCAAAAUAUGAAAUAAAGCAGAAAUCCAGGCUCAAGUGUUAUCAAUACUUGUUAUUGGAUUAUAGCUUUAGUCCUCUUAAUUCUUGGAAAUUGGCAGAUAAGCAUAUGGAUAUAUUGAGCUAUUUAAUGGUCAGAAUCGUGUAGCUGUAUAGUCUGCCUUUCUAGAGCAUCAAUCAGUUGAAUGAUUAUGUCAGUCAAUUUGCCUAUCCUUCAAGCUUUGCAAGUAUAACAAAACUACUCUUACAUGGAUGCACACUGUGACAAAGGAUCUUGGCAGUUUACGCCUCCCAUCGUCGGUUUUUGAAGCUAGCCAGCUUGCAGAUUGUGCAGCCACUUCUUUUAUGCUCAUCACCUGGGUACCAGAGCAAGAGAUUUGGAGCCUGAGAAAUCAUAAAGUGCAUAAUAGAGGUUCUGUCGAUAUUCUGAUGGCAAGCAAGCAUAUUCAAGCCUAAUCCAUGGAGUUUCAGUCCUUAAUGUCUGUUGAGAACAGUAAAGCAACAAGCUUAUCCCACUUGUCCUGGGAACCUCCUCGAGCGAUCAAGAUCAAUAUUGAAGCAGUAGUCUUGGACUCAGUCAUCACCUUUGCUGUCGUAGCUAGAGACUCUGAUGGUAAGGUUAUGAAGGUUUGAACUAAAUUGCAUGGAAGUGCUCCCCUCUCCAAGCUGAAGCUGCUGUGCUCUUGUGGGCUGUUCAGAUUGCUGCUAGCAAGCUAUUGGAGCUAUGUCAUUUUUUAGGGUGACUCUAAAGUUUGUUUUGAGCCCUUAAUUUCCAUAGUUCUCCCAUCUGAUAGGUCCAUAAGUAACAUCAUUUGUAAUAUUAUUAGUAUCUCCGAGUCCUAUCUUUGUUUUAGUUUUCGUUGGGUUAAGCGGGUAUGCAACUUUGUGGCUCAUACAGCAGCAAAGCUUGCUAUACGCUCCAACAUGUCUUUUUAUUUCAAUAACGAUAAUCUGCUUGCAGAACUUGUCUCUGCUUGUAAGGUAGACUAUCCUCUUGUUUCCCUUGUUUAAUGUUAAUAGAAGAUUAUCAAAAAAAAAAAAAAAUAAAAAUAAAAAAGGCUUGGGUAUUAGUAUUGCACAACUGCAUUGUACAAACGCUAAGGACUGAAGUAGUAAAGUAACACAAUCGAAAUAUAUAAAGGAAAAUCCAAUUAGGGAUUGCACAUUUUAUUUACA